GCGAUUAUUGAUCAAAAGUCGAGCCGCCUUUAAUCUUGUCUUCAUUCAUAAGGCAAGAACGCAAUCAAGCAUAGUUUUCUAAUCUCAACAUUCGUAGCCGGAGAUAGAGAGACGUCGGAGAUGUACGUGACAAGGCCGCUGUCACUGUACCGGAACUUCCCCGACGCUCGUUCGGAGCAACCGCCGCCGGAUCCAUGUUCGGGCUAUCUAAUUGUUACAGACGAAGAAGCAGAUGAAAGAGACUACUUCUGCUGGGGUCUAUGCAAGAAGAAGAAAAUCUCGAAGCUGCCGCUUCCUCAAGACCGGAUUCUAAAGGUGGUUCACUUGUCGGAACACGACGACCCGUCGGAGACGAAGCUUUGGUUUAUCCCGGUUCUAGAUCAGCCACUGUCUUCCAACCGCUACUACGCCAUCAGAGCCUCUGGCAAGUACAAGGGCUACGCAAUCACAUGUUCGAGGGAAGACGAUGUAGCCGGAUGCUGCUUUCCUGACGUCGUACGAGAUCUAAGGCCAAAGCAGUUCAAUCACAGGGACAUAUACCAACAGUUUGAGAUUCGCCGCCAUUGCAAGGGCGGCGGAUUCUACGCCGAGUCCGUCGCCGGAGAUGGCUUUCCCCCGAAAUUCCUGAGGAGAAAAGGAUGGGAGCUCUACAUCUCCACUUCGCUGCAGCUGAGAGAAGCUCGAGGCCUCAACACCCGUGCCCAAAUGCAGCUCCCCGGACGGAACUUUCCAGCGUAUUACAAGUGUUCUCCUCCGGUAGUCGUGGCAAAAUGGUACUGCCCGUUCGUGUUCGUAAAGGACCAAUUAGGCAACGUGGAUCGAGAAGAAGCGAGAAAAUCUAUGGUGUACGAGAUGACGCUUGAGCAGUGGUGGGAAGAGAUAUAUUCAUGUGAAAAUGAAAGCAAUGGAGGUAAUACUGUGAAUGCGAGUGCAGUUGUGCAGAGGGAAUCGGUUCUGGUUUGUGGGGUUGAAGCUGUAAGAGGCUAUGGAGAUGUUGACGAUGAUGGGUUGGUUUGGUUUAGGGUCGAAGGUCAUGGUCGGUGGCCGGCGAGACGUGGAGAGGCUUUGGGUCUGAGUUCGGCGGUGGUUGAGAAGAUGAAGUGGGUGGAGGAGACAAGACGGGGGGGCGGCGGAGGGGAAAAAGAGGUGAGGGUGCAGAUUGUGGAAGAGGCCGCAAGCGGCGGAGCGUGGAAGAAGUUUGGCUGCUAUGUGUUGGUGGAGAGCUUUGUCUUGAGGCGAAUGGAUGGACUUGUGAUGUUAAGUUGCAAGUUUAGGCAUGUCCACAGGACCAUAUGUAAAUGGGAGUGAAGCUGAGUAAAGCAGAGACACAAUAUCAGAAUUAGCAGUCCUUCAGAUAAUUCAUGAUGAAGUGUGAUUUUAAUAUUAGAAUUCACGUCGUAAUUAUUAUAAGAAAUUAAUCUUCGCAUUGCAUGCCUUGGGCUUUGUGUUCUAUAUGUUCUUGCAAUCAAGUGCUACAAUUGUAGCAUGACUCAUAUAUAAUGGUAUAAGAUGUAUUUAUACUCUCUUGUUACCAUACUAACUCUUGCAAUUAUGAUAAGGCCUUUCUUAUUUUAUU